AUGUUAUCAUAGAAAUUCAUUUCAGAUAGUCCAGCAAAAAAAAGAGAUGAGAACGAUGAAUAGGAUUACAUAUUUGAAUAGUUAGAUUAAAUCAACAAACGUAUAUAUAAUUACUAACAAUUGAUCAAAUAAAAGAUUAAUGUUUUACUUGGUAAUAAUACAAUGAAAUCAAUUGAUUAUGAUAGUCUCUAAAAAUAAUUAUCAGAUCUUAGAUUAGAAGAGCAAAAGUAAUAAUUAUUAUGAUAAUAUAGCUAUUCUUAAAUGUAAUUAGAUAUUGAUAGAUAAUAAAGUUCAGUUUUUGAUUUUUAUGAAUCUGAAUUUAAUAAACUUAAGAGUUUAUAUGAAACAAUUAAUAAAGAACAUUAAGGAUUUAUAAAAUAGAAAUAAAAUGCUAAUGAAUUAUAUUGUUAAAUGAUAGAAACUAAAUAAAUUUUGUAGGAAGACUUAAAUACUCACUUAUUAUAAAGAGCUGAGUUAGUAGGAUAAAAGGAAGAAUUGGAAGAAUUUGUUGAAUAAAUUAAAAAUUAGAAUGAAUAAUUAUUUACUAUUUCUUAAUUAUACUUUACAAAUGGUAAAAAAUAUUAAGAUAAUCAAAAUCAAAUAGUAAUAUAGGACAAAGAGAUUAAAGUAUUAUAAUAAUAAAGAGAAGAAAAGUAAAAACAAUUAGGAUUAUAACAUUAAGCUACAUUACUUGAAGUUUAAUUACAUUAAGCUAAUUAAAAAAUUAAGAUUUAAAGAAAUAAAAUUAUUCCAUUACAUAAAAGUUUAAAUUUAUCUCAUCCAGAUAACUUAGUUUAAGAAUUUUAAUUACAGAAUGAUGUAUAAUCAAUUGAUUAAAGUGAUUUUUAUUCUAAAUUAACACAUUAUCUAUAAACAUUAAGAAAUAAUUUAUUUAAGAAUUCAAAUUAAGGAACUAAUUGGGUUAGUAUGAAAGAAUUUAUUACAUAAUUAGAAUAGUUUAUUAUAGUUUCAAUGCAAUAAAAAUUAGUAUAAACAUAAUUAUAGGAAAUGAAAUUAACACUAAGGCAAUAUGGGGAGGAUCUAUAAAUAUAGAAUAAGAUAUCAGAAAUUGACAAUUAAAUUGAAAUGAAAAGAUUGAUGAUCAAAUAAUUGGAAGAAUAAUAGGAAUAAUUUAAAAUAAAUGAGUAAAUGUAUUUUUUCAAAACUAAGAAAGUGCUUAAGAUUAAUUCUAGAGUAUGAUUGAAUAGUCUGCCUUAGAAGCUUAUGAUAUGUACAAAACUUAGAAUAAAGAACAGUUAUAAUAGAUGAAAGAGCAUUAGGGUUAUGAUAAGAUGAUGUAGAGCAUUUAGGAAGAAAUAAUUUAGCUAAUAUAAGAGUAAGAGAAUGUAAUUAUAUAUUUUUAAUUUUAGUAAUAAUUUAUUCAUGUUAUGAAAUUGAUUGAAAAAUUUGAAACUUCUGAAUAGGCAAUAAAUACUAAUAUUUUUAUGGUUGAUCAAUAGAUAUUACCUUAAAUGAAAUAAGUUGUUUAAUAAUUAAGUAAAUUAAAAAGAGAGAUUGAACAUUUGAAUAAAAAUGAUAAAAAUUAUUUAGAAAGAACAAAUAAGAUAGAAUAAGAAAUUUAAUAUAUGGAAUAAGAAUUUAAAAAGAAAAUGGAUUAAUUUUAAAGAUAAGAAAAUGAUUUAAAUAAUAAGAUAUAUGAAAUAAAAUAAUCUAUAUAAUUGGUACAAGAUUAGAUGAUUAAUAAAACAAAACCAAAUAAAGCACAAUUAGAAUAGGAAAUAUUGUAAAUGAAUAAUUAACUAUCUUAAUUGUAAGAGUAGAAAUACAAUUUAGAAUAGUUUACAUAUAAUCUAAACUUCAAUAGUUUAAACAAAAGUCCAAAUGGAAAAAGUAUAUUAUCGAUAUCAAAGUCACUUAAUUAAUUGACUAAACUUAAGUCAAACAUAACACCAAUCAAAUAGAUGAAAUAAUCAAAUGCAUCAAAAACUAAUUCAUCAUUAAAAUCCAUUAAAUGA